AUCCCGAUCUCAAAUGUCUCGUGAUUUUCAGUGAAGUCAAAGUGAAAGACUUUGAGUUAGUCAGGCUCAAGUGAUUCGUGUCUACUGAAUUGUACAGAAAGUCCAAGAUGUCUUACAAGCACCAGCAAGGGAAACGGGGUACCUUUCUGGACAAUGUCAUUCUGAGUAAGUCAGUCAAAAUGAUCGGCUAAAUUAACAAAGCAAUUAGCAGAAGUCUGAUACAUUUCAGACCUGUUUAUCCCCGGGUUAGUGUCAUAGCAGUUUUCAACUCUCAAAAAACGUAAUUUCAAGCUCCAAGGAGUAGUCUGGUCAAUUAGUGUUUCUGGGAGAAUGUUUACAUUCAAAAUACAUCUUGUGUCAGGGAAUCCACUCAGCUACUUAUAAAAGUUAACAUAAGGAAACCUACAAGCGUAAUUUAAGAGAGAGCGGCCCGAGUCUAUUUCCAUGGCCGCCAUCUUGGUUGCCUCGACCCGCCCACUUUUACGUGUUCAUGGGUCGAGGCAACCAAGAUGGCGGCAAUGGAAAAAUAAAAUAAUUCACGUUUGCUAAAAUUUGGAACAAAAAUUUUAAAAUGUAUGAAAAAAUUGUCUGAAAUCGAUCCCUAUGCCUAACCAGAACCCUAAAUCUAUCCCUAUCCCUAACCCUAUAUCGAUCCCUAUGCCUAACCCUAACCCUAAAUCUAUCCCUAUGCCUAACCCUAACCCUAAAUCGAUCCCUAUGCCUAACCCUAACCCUAAAUCGAUCCCUAUGCCUAACCCUAACCCUAAAUCGAUCCCUAUGCCUAACCCUAACCCUAAAUCGAUCCCUAAGCAUAACCUGAACCCUCAAAACUAGCCGUAAAUCCACAAGCGAAAACAUGGGGAAUUUCACACUUUGGCAAGAAAACUAUAUAAAUUAACAAAAAACAAUUAAAAAGGGCCCCAAAUAAUUAUAAACUGAAGAAAUAAUGAAAAUCCAAAUUACAGUUUCAUGAAAUACACUUUUACACACUUUAUUUCAUGUUCCAAGGAAAAUAUAGCCACAAAAUGAAUAAAUCUCCACACCCCACAGGCAACCCAAAGACAUCAAAUAUGGCGGAACAACCGAAAUAUGAUAAUGAGCCAACCAAUGAAAAUUUUACAAUUAUAAUUAAUCAACCAAUAAAAUUUUAAUUCCGAAAAUGUAACUCUUUUAACAAAAAAUACGAAAAAAAUAAGGGGAGUGAAUCCAAAACAAAGACGUCGUGGGCCGCUCAAUCUGAAACAGCCCCUGCAAGUUAUUGUUCUCCGAUUUGUUGAAGGAUGUCGCUCUUAUUCGAUUGCUUACAGCAGUGGUUCUCAACCUUCCUAACGCCACGACCCUUUAUUACAGUUCCCCGUGUUGUGGCGACCCCCCAACUACAAAAUCAUUUUCGUUGCCACUUCAUAACUCUGGAGUGUAUGUGUCUUCCGAUGGUCUUAGGUGACCCCCUGUCAAAGAGUCGUUCAACCCCCAAAGGGGUCGCGACGCUGGUUUGCGGUGUAAACUCAGAAAGUGUGGAGACUUUUUUACUAAAAGGUACCCAAUUAUUUUUUAGUAACAAUUAACCAAGUAAAUGAAGUAACUCCAACAACCGUAGUUUUUUUUUUUUAGGCUCAUCAUAGUGCCUUAGUAUUAGUGUUACGCCCUGCUGUCUAUAGGGAGAUUUUAAUCUCCUAUUUAAGGGUAUGGCUCGUUCCCAAAACAGUGCAUAACAAAAGACGAUACCAAUUGAUAAAAACUAACCGAAAAAUACGAAACUCGAAACAGGGCUAAUUACAAUUAAUACGUUUUAUUACGUUACUAAUAAAUUACAAAAUAAAAGAAAUAUAAUUACAAUCAUUAACUUAAAGAGAACUGUUUUUUCCUGUACCGGUACAAGGUUGAUGAUAGCACAAUGUGCAAACAGUACAACGAUGAAUAGGAAUUCACACAUAUAAAUAAACAAAACUCUAGCAAGAAUAACACACUCUAAAAAUAACUCGUCUGUCGUCCCGUAAAGUAAAACCUCUCGCGACAAAAUACUCUGCCCAAAAAUCUAUCGUGUCCCCUUUUUAUAGUCCAUUCUACUGAUGCAACUGGAACCGCCUUACACGUUGUUUUCCUUUCCAGUUAACUCCAGAUUUUUCUACAAAAUUCUAAUAGAACAGGCUAUUAAUUUUAUUUAGGUCAAGAUCCUAUUUUUAGCUAGCCACACCUUAAAUGCGGUGUUGAGCUUGUUGUCUGCUAGAGUUGACAGCAGGGGGAAAUGUGGCGUAAAAAUGUCGUCUACGUAAAAUUUAGGCUUAAAAACAUUUUCUACGGCGAAAGCGUAGCGAUAAACUGGUCUGUAUUUUAAACGUAAAAUCAACACUGUAUUAGCUUACAGAGAUCCUUAAACUGUGAAAACAACUGUGUAAUCAUAGCAUUAGCAUUUCAAGUUUUAGAACACGUUCAGAUUAAACGAAAUUGUUAUACUCGAGAGAUUGAGCUGCAUAAAGGGAAAUUGAGUCACGCCUCGUGGAAAGGCUGGAAAAAAGAGAAAAAACAACUAUAGUAUCGGCUAAAUGCCUUCCCAUAUCAAGUGUAAAAAAUUCCUUUAAAAUAUUUUUGUGCAACAAACCAGUAAGAGCGUAUCUGUUUGGACGGAGCAUGAGCUGUUGGAUCUUUUAUGACCAGUGGGCUAUUUUAUGACUAGUGGGCUGUAUUAUGACAAGUGGGCUGUGGGCUGUUUUAUGACAAGUGGGCUGUUUUAUGACAAGUGGGCUGUUUAUGACAAGUGGGCUGUUUGAUGACAAGUGGGUUGUUUUAUGACAAGUGGUCUGUUUUAUGACAAGUGGGCUGUUUUAUGACAAGUGGGCUGUUUUAUAACAAGUGGGUUAUUUUAUAACAAGUGGGUUGUUUUAUGACAAGUGGGUUGUUUGAUAAGUGGGCUGUUUUAUGACAAGUGAGCUGUUUUAUGACAAGUGGGCUGUUUUAUGACAAGUGGGUUGUUUUAUGACAAGUGGGUUGUUUUAUGACAAGUGGGUUGUUUUAUGACAAGUGGGUUGUUUGAUAAGUGGGCUGUUUUAUGACUAGUGGGUUGUUUGAUAAGUGGGCUGUUUUAUGACUAGUGGGUUGUUUGAUAAGUGGGCUGUUUUAUGACUAGUGGGCUGUUUUAUGACAAGUGGGCUGUUUUAUGACUAGUGGGCUGUUUUAUGACAAGUGGGCUGUUUGAUGACAAGUGGGUUGUUUGAUGACAAGUGGGUUGUUUGAUGACAAGUGGGUUGUUUGAUAAGUGGGCUGUUUUAUGACUAGCCGGCUGUUUUAUGACAAGUCGGCUGUUUCAUGACCAAUAGAUUGUUUUAUGAUCAAUGAUAUCCAGAUCUCCAUGGCGCCCGAUGUUUCUUCUUCUUCUUCUUCUUUAUUUUAAGGGCCCACGAUCAAUGAAUUGAUCAUUCUGGCUCCUAUGUUUCAGAGAGGUUUGCGAUGUUACUGUCCAUGGGUUUCAAUGGGAUACUUCACUGGUUGCAAGGGCGACUCAGCAGUGGUGUUAUGAACUGGGGGUUGGAAUACAGGAGGCAAUAGACACAAAUGUAUCGAGUGUAGCCGCCUCAACUGUUGCUUUUGGGAGCUUGUUCCAGUCCCCUAUUGUCUUCGGCAGGAAUGAGGAGCUUCUGUACUUCGUUCUUGUUUUUUCUUGUUUAUGCACCGAGUUAUCAGAUCCCCUGAAGCAUUAAUUCGAUCCUAAAAGAUUUUUAAUAUUUCAUGAAGCCUUGAUUCGGUCCUACAAGAUGUCACCAGGUGUAGAAAUUGCCUAUAUCUGGUUCUACAAGAUGUCACCAGGUGUACAAAUUGCCUAUAUCUGGUCCUACAAGAUGUCACUAGGUCACCAAAAUGCCUUUAUCUGGCGCUACAAGAUGUCAACAGGUCUACAAAUUGCAUUUAUCUUGUCCUACAAGUUGUCACUAGUCACCAAAAUGCCUUGAUCUGGCCCUACAAGAUGUCACCAGGUCACCAAAAUGCCUUUUAUCUGGUCCUACAAGAUGUCACCAGGUCACCAAAAUGCCUUGUAUCUGGUCCUAAAAGAUGUCACCAGUUCACCAAAAUGCCUUGUAUCUGGUCCUACAAGAUGUCACCAGGUCACCAAAAUGCCUUGUAUCUGGUCCUACAAGAUGUCACUAGGUCACCAAAAUGCCUUUAUCUGGCGCUACAAGAUGUCAACAGGUCUACAAAUUGCAUUUAUCUUGUCCUACAAGUUGUCACUAGUCACCAAAAUGCCUUGAUCUGGCCCUACAAGAUGUCACCAUGUCACCAAAAUGCCAUUUAUCUGGCCCUACAAGAUGUCACCAUGUCACCAAAAUGCCAUUUAUCUGGUCCUACAAGAUAUCACCAGGUCACCAAAAUGCCUUUUAUCUGGCCCUACAAGAUGUCACCAUGUAACCAAAAUGCCUUUUAUCUGGUCCUACAAGAUGUCACCAGGUCACCAAAAUGCCUUUUAUCUGGUCCUACAAGAUGUCACCAGGUCACCAAAAUGCCUUUUAUCUGGUCCUACAAGAUGUCACCAGGUCACCAAAAUGCCUUUUAUCUGGUCCUACAAGAUGUCACCAGGUCACCAAAAUGCCUUUUAUCUGGUCCUACAAGACUUUAUUCGGCCAUGCGGCAUGGGUCCUUUGAUAUUAAAAAUGCCACUAUUUUACUAUAGACUGGGGUGACUAAGGGCGUCCAUAAAAUGUAUAAUUUAAAUCUAUAAUUUUCUGUCCAUGUUAGCAUGUUGUUACAAUUUAAAUCUAUUAUUUUCUGUCCAUGUUAGCAUGUUGAUACCGUUCUAUAAUUUAAUUAAAACAACACGCCUUUUAGAAUCUAAAAUUGAAGGGCUUACCUGUGCCGAGACCGAUUUUUUUUUUAGGACGGCUGUAAAUAGAUAUUUGUUGUGCAUGUUGACAUUCGCCUGUCAUUUGAGACUGACUGCGCCAUGGGUAGCCUGCUGUAGCUCUUUGUCUGAAACAUUCUUCAAGAUUUUUAUUUUGGUUUUGCUGAAAAAAUAGGUCAAAUCAAAUAUGUGCAUCAUUUUUUCACUUCACAUGAAAUGUGCUAUUUCCUGAGUGGGUCAUGUCGAGGAAAACGGCGCCCGGGGAGAUGCCUGAAAAUGCUGCCACUCGAUACAUAUUUUAAAAAACCCUGCCAGGGGGCGGACUAGCUAAAAAAAAAAAUGAUCUUUUGUGAAGUACGCGGGAUUUUAUCGUUUAUUUAACCUUAAAGUCCGAUCUAAAGAUUAUCACAUAAAAUUUAGUGACGGUUUCGAAACCAGAAUUAGCGACCUGUAAAGAAUGCAAAACUGUUUUUUUCUACAGCUGGUUAUAUCCGACUUUAGCUUAACAAUGAUAUGAUUAGCUUGUUAUCCAUUGCCAGGGAUAAGCCGUGGGGGAAAAGGCAACUUGUAACAAGUUACCAACUUCUCAAAUGAACUUACACUUUUGACUCAUAAAUAGACAAUAACCAUACAAUAUUUUUUUUUAUUUUAAAUCAACACUUUCAUAGUUUAAUUUGGUUUAUAAAAUAUUUGUCAUUAAAUUAAUGUUAUACCGGGAUGAUGAAAACUAUAUUACCGUUUUCCGGGGAUAACCGAAACGCUGGAAAAUGAGAAACCCUAGUCCAGAGUAAUGUCACGUACAAACUCCCUUACCUUUACGAAAAUAAUAACAAAUUGGUAGGGAUAUUGUUCGUGUCUGUCGUUUGGCACCCUCGUAAUCAUGUCAAAGAUUCCCAGGAUAUCCUAAAUGUUCUAAUGCAUUCUUUUAUGGAGGGCGCGACUUAGACAAAUCUCCGUGCGAUAUUUUGUCCAGGCCAUUUCUUUGGAAAAAGGAACUUUCCAUAACUUUUAAUUGUUUAGUUUGUAAGAAUAAAGAAGUGAUAACUUUGGGAAUGUACAAGUAAAAGUAAGAUUACAUCAAUUGAUACAAUAGAGCGGAGUCAACAUUGCAACGUGUUUCCUGCAUCACACUGACAGAAUGGGAUAGUUACCACAGAAUGACAGAAUAAUGGCAGAUUUAUCAGUUUGGACAUAGUUUUUUUUUGGACGAUCCAAUGUGUGGAAAACCAUUUUUUUUUCUAUUUGGCUUACCGUUCACGUAAAGUGAUGAAACACACAUUAACUUAGAGGAAUACAACACAACGGUUUGGUAUCUUUUUACCGAAUUUCCCCGAGUUUUAACCGUUGGAGUGUCUGAAUUCACAGAGCAGACAAUUACAUUUUUUUAAAAUAUUUAUUUUAAAGGGCGCGUGUGAUUCACUGAAGCUACAAAUGUCGAAAGUUACCCCCAUUUACUUUUUUAAACAAUAGUUCUUUAAUUUCUCACACAAUCUGUUUGGAGUGCGCCCUACUAAAAUUAACCCGUUGCGCCUUGUUUCACCGUGGCUAGCGGCCAUCUUUGGAUUUAUUGACACUUCAACUAGUUUCCUUACCCCGUUCAAAGUUCGGAGCUGUACCUGCGUAACAGUUCGCUUCACCCGGAUGUUUGUAAGAUCCCCAUUACACAGACACACGCUCUCGAAAAAAAAAAAAAUCCAACAUACCGCCGUGACCCGUUCUCUGAACACGCACGCGAGAGUGUUACAAUAGACAGGUUCAGGGGAUGACCUGUCACUGGGAGUGUUGUCUGAGAAAUAACAACUGUCUCUGGAUUGUACGAUCACCUUCAAAUUUUUAACAUUCAUGUAAGUUAAAGUUGUUGGUUUAUAUAUAAAUAAAUAUAUUCAUAAUCGGUUCUAUAUCGCAGGGGUGAUAUGUAUCUCUGAUGACACAUCUAUGUGAGGCUAUUGACGCGACUAGUUUCAGAAACGUGGCUUGGUAUUAUUAAACACUCUCAAUUUGUGGCGUCAUAUUCUAUCUUAACCAUUGGAGACAUAGUUAUUAGAUUUUUUUUAAAUAAAUAAUUUUAACAAUAUUUAUGUUAUAUAUUCGCUUUCACCGGUAAGGUUCACAAGCGUGGGGACACUUUAAUGAACAUAUUUGUAUCGAAAGAAGAAAACAAAAAAAACACUAAAUGUUCACCAUCGGUGGCCAUGUAGGGCCCUUGCCUGCUCCAUCAAAUCCUUUCAUUCAUGCAUCAUCAGUGGCGCUACAGCCCAUGUAGGGCCCUGGCCUGCUCCAUCAAAUCCUUUCAUUCAUACAUCCUCAUCAGUGGCGCUACAGCCCAUGUAGGGCUCUGGCCUGCUCCACCACAUCCUUCCAUUCGGACCGAUCCAUGUCUGUCCGCAUCAAUGCACGAAAUCCCCCAACUGGUGUAAGUCCUUCUCUACAUCGUUGAUCCAUCUCAGUCUUAGUGAGCCGUCUGAACCUAGGUUUCCGUCUGUAUAUCACUAUCUACAAUCCGGCAUCCUAGCAAUAUUUAAUGUAGAGCCAAGCCUGCCUUUUUUUUUUUUUGUGGUAUUAUUGCGACGUAAUGUCACACACAAAUUAGCAUAAAGUUCUUAAAGAAAAAGAAAUACAUAAAUUCACCACAUAGCUAAAAGUGGAAAAGAUGUGGGGGAGGGGAGUACCUUUAAUAGCUAUGCUUCCAAUGACAUAUAUAUCACGCAUAAUAGAAUUUUAAUCAUAUGUCUGGAACUAACCUUUUGACACAGGGUUACACACUCAGAAUAUCCAGCUAAUCCCUAUUCAAAUUUGGUUUUUAAUAAACUAAAAUAUUAAUUGCUUGAAAAUGACAGAGAUUUGCAACAGCUUUAAUGUUGAGAAUAUGUGUCUUCCUUGCACUUUUAAAAUUCAUAACACAUUUCUUUUUAGCUUCCAUGUAUUUGUAUGUUUUCAUUUGAUUACCUUAAAUCUAAGAUGGUCAAUUUACGACAGCCGUCAAUUUUGACGUACAAUAGUUCUAGUAUGCAUAUGAAGGUAUAAAUUGUUUCGUAACUAAUAUUUGAGUGCUUUAAUUUCAUGUUAGGUGCUCACCACACUUGUAGAACUCUUGUCGUUCUGUCUUGCCAUCCAUUUCUCUAGUUAAUAACUGUGAAAUGAUUUAUUUUUUAUAAGCGCGUUGAUUUUCUUUGUUGGUCAUGAACAUUUAAUGUUUACUGCCGCUAAACCUUUUUUUUUUUAAAGCUACCAACCAACAGAACUACCAGAAAAUGACUUCCACCAGCACGUCCUACCUGCACGAUUCGGAUGGCCGCAGAUUUACAGGAAAGACCAUCUUCGGCGUCAGCAUCCUUCCGUUGAUAGUGGCGAUACUUCUUGCGGCAGUUGUGGGACUGGCGAUCGGUUUGCUGGUUGGAAAGUUCGCCAUCUGCGAUGACGAGGACGAGGACAGGGACGGCGUCUUCCUGCCUGGUGUGCCGCAAGGACUGGUCAGUGACGCUGACCCCAGCGUAUCGAAGUUGAUUAUGGAUGGCAUUGAUUCCAAACGCAUAGAGGAUUAUUUGAUGUGAGUCUGUUUCCUUGAGGUGACCGAAAGAGAUGGGAAGGGCAAAGGGCUGUAAUAGGGAACGGGGGGGGGGGACUGGAAAUAGGCAGACACUGAGGAACAUUUCUUUAGGAACGAAAUGCAAGAGGUCAGAGAGGAAAAAGAUGAUAAACGUAGUGAAGGGGUAGCAAUACAAUAAGGUAUUGAGAAAGAGGUGAUGAAGUUUAGAUUGAGAAAGAGGUGGUAAAGUUUAGAUUGAGCAAGAAUUGGGAAAGUUUAGGUUGAGAUUAGAGUGGGAAAGUUUAGGUUGAGAUAAAAAUUGGAAAAAUUUAGGUUGUGAUUAGAGUUGGGAAAGUUUUAGUUUGAGAUUAGAUUUGGGAAAGACUAGGUUGAUGUUACAGUUUGGACAGACUAGGUGGAGAUUACAGUUGGGAAAGUCUAGGUUGAGAUUAAAGUUUGGAAAGUCUAGGUUGAGAGUAGAGUUGGGAAAAUGGGGGUGGGGAAAGUUUGGGGAAAAAUAUGGGAUGGAGAUAAAAAUGAUUAGGACUGAGAGGAGGGAGGGACAGGGAUCAUGUUAGUGAGGGAGAUUGGGGAAUCGGGUCAUAGAGUGCAAGGAUGUAAGCGAUAUAGAUACUUACUGCGCUAAUGUUAUGGAGGGCGUGAAAUUGUUACUAGAGAAAUACGUGAUGGAAAUUGAAGAGUAUGGAGGUGUGUCUGAGAAAUUGAAGAUUCUGACGGCAACUUAUUUUUUUUCAACGCUUAAAUAGGUACACAUUGCUGGGGUUUUUUUUUUUGGUAUCAUUUCAGAGCACUGACUAAAAAGCCACAUAUCGCAGGAAGACAGAACGAUUUUGAGCUGGUGGCCCUGCUACAGAAACAUUUCAAAGACCACGGUCUUCACGUGCAGACCACGCCCUACGACAUCCUGCUGUCCUACCCGAGCGAAACCACGCCCAACAGUGUCCGACUUCUGAACGCCACCGGUGCUGUGGUCUACGAUGCCAAAGAUGACGAGAGUGACAUCUCCAAAGAAAAGGACGUGGUGCCGCCGUUUAACGCUUACUCUCCAAACAAACUGGUUGAGGUAACAAUUGUGUAUUAUGCAACAACAACAUCGAUCGUAUUCGUGGUACUAUAAAAUUCUGCUGAAAACGUUCCACUAUUUUAUAAAGAGUUAUCAAACUUUAAUCUAAAUUUUAACAACUGGAAAAGUAAAACUUAAAAAUAAAUUUGAAGAUAAAAUGGCUUUAAGUUAACGAAGUUAUUAGUUUGUAAAGCUUUUUUUCUUUUUUUUCUUUUUAAAGGGUCAAAUCGUGUUCGCCGGAUAUGGACGUGUUGAGGACUAUGACACAUUAAGGAGUCUAGGUAUUAAUGUAACGGGCCACCUUGUCCUGGUCAAGUAUGGCAAGAUAUUCAGAGGAGACAAAGUAAGUCUUGUUUAUAAAUAUACAUAGACAACAAAUAGUUGGGGGUUUUUUUUUGGUUGUUUUUUUCGUCAUUUACACCGAGUCGGAAGAAUAAAAUAAGACUAAAUAUUUCCUAUAUUAAUCUUAAUUCAUUUAUUAAUUUAAUGUCAACACCUUUUUUCACAUGCAUAAAACGUACAUUCUGAGAAUGUUUUAAGAUGAACCCCAGAUAUUCGAUGUAACAUUAUGGUCUAAAACCUUUGAAAGGAAUAGGUUUCCAAAGGUGAUUUUUAAAGAAACUUAUAAGAAUUGAGAAAUAUAUUUUAUGUUAUCCCAUGGUUUGUUAGUUUUUUUUUUGUUAGUUUUUUUUAAAUAAUUUUACUGGCAUUUGAAUGGAAGUGAAUGUAAAACCUAAGUUUAUUGAGGACAUGGCGUUGGGUAACAAACGGUUGUAAAGUAAAAUAAAAUUAAUCCAGAAUUGAGUUGACCGGUUUCGUUGUUCCAUGUUACCAGGGCCGGCCCUAACAAUUGCGGGGCCCUCUACGAAACGGAUUGCGCGGGGCCCAGUCUGGGAUAGUAAGUGAAAAUUAAGAUUUUGUAUUAGAAAAAAAAAGUUCGGGGCCCACUGCGGCCGCAUAGGUUGCAGGGGCCUAAGGCCGACCCUGCAUGUUACUACCUCACAGUUUUGGUGACCUAAGUAGUGUUUGAGGGCAUGGGAAAGUUCGAGUAGUUUUGAAUAAGUAAACAUGUUUAGGAAUGUCCCUCAUCGUAGUGUUUCUACCUCUACUGUUUCAUUCUCACCAGGUAGACAUAGCUGCCGACAAUGGUGCCGUAGGGGUCAUCAUGUACUCUGACCCAGCCGACUACACGGGGAUGAAGUCGGGCGACCGGAGGGUGUACCCCGACACCUGGUGGCUGCCACCCACGGGGGCCCAGAGGGGAACCGUCUUCACCGGUGCUGGUGACCCCCUGACCCCAGGGUACCCCGCCAAUAGUAAGUCAAUAAAACAUUUAUAUGAUCGAAUGUAUGUAGUAUAUACACGUCAGAACUGUGAAAUUGGUAAAUAUGUAGCUUCAAACUAUCAUGAAACUACCAUCAAACUACCAUCUUAUAAUGUUGAGUUGAUGAUUUUAGGGUUGUAUUUGAAGAAGUUUAGAAAUGCUAAAAACUCUGUUAUUUUUUUAACCCACCGACAAAAUAAAAAAUUAAAAAUAAAUAAAAUUAAAAACAAACUUAAUGAAACAUUUAUCGAUUUUACCGAUUUUGAACUUGUAUAUUGAAUUCGUAAAAUCAUUGAAAACAAUUAUUUUUACUUAUUUAUAUGGUUAAUUUUCAUAAGUAUUAGAUGUCACUUUUAGUAUUUAUGUCCAAACAUAAAAUGUGUUGUUGUUUUUUUGUUACAGUAAGGUUAUGAUGCAUGUUUAAAUCAAAACUUAACUGAAUUUUUCUCUCUCUCUGAACCUUAGUUUCAGUAGUCAAAGAGAAAAAGUGAUAUUAGAUAAUUUCUAAAAAUAUUUUUAAAGAGCAUUUUAAAAUUUCUUCAACAAAUUAAACAAACAAUUUAUUUUAAUAUAAAUAUUUCCGUCAUGCUUUUUAACUUCUGCUCUGUCCCCUCCCUCACAUGGAAAAAUAAUAAAAAUAAUGUGGAUUUCAGAUUUGGCUUUUCGUUUCUCCGAAGACGAAGUGGAGCCGCCACUACCCAAAAUUCCCUCACAUCCGAUUGGUUACGGAGCUGCCGAAAAGAUACUUAGGUAAAAUGAGGUCAAUGCAGGAAUUUAUAGUGUUUAAUUUUAGAAGCAAUGUUGAAGAAGACAAUAAAAUCAUAUAUUAACACAAUGAAACCAAGAUUUGACGCAAGUGAUGAAAUAAAUCACUUUAUCUAACAGCGAUGAACAAAUAUCGGGAAGCGAACUUCCAGAUGAAUUCCACAAGUGACACUUAAUGAUUGAGCAUAGACUGUGUUUUCCAACGUUAUAUUUUUCUUCUUCUGUUUUUUUUUUUUACGUUUCUGGAAACCUUCUAAUUCAAAUUAUUCAGUAACUGAAUAGAACUGUACUUAUCACAAAUAUGAAAACGAUUUAUUUGAAGGAAAUAUAAACACGGCCAAAAACAUUCUGUAUCGAAUCUUAUCGUGUUAGAAACCAUUAUAUCAAUACUUUAUAUACAUGUAAAUGUACGCUAUGUUUUCAUAUUUAUUUAUUUUUUACAGACAACUGAAUGGCAGACUGGUACCCGACGACUGGGUGGGCGGCAUCAAUGUUACCUACAGACUUGGGCCAGGAUUUGCACAGGAUGGAAUGUAUGCUACUGUUGACCAUUCAUUUAUGCAUUGUGUGACUUGUAUAGGCCCCCUUGCAACAUUUUGGAUUGUCUCCGAUGCGUGCUCAGUUGAUUAAUUCCCUCUUCCCUAUAUGACGACUUUUGCCCUAAACAUCCGAGGGCUCCUGUAUCCGUAGUGGUUUCCGGGCCACGCAAUGUUUCUGGUUUGAUCGUUUCCUACAACACAUUAUAAAAUGGAAAAUAAUUGAAUUUGCGUCAUCAGAUUAACAAAGGCGAGCACGCAUACAAGUUUACCAACUGCUGAUUUAUAUUUUGGGGGAGAAAAUAUGUAGAAUAAUAUAAUUCUAAUUCACUGUUCCCUUAAAUAGUUUCUAUACUGGCUGGUACCCUGACUAUUGACUACGUACGCUCUAGCCGUUACCUUGAUUUUGACUAUAUUCUAGCUGUUCCCCUGACUAUUCACUAAACUCUAGCUUUUACCCAAACUAGUGACUAUGCUCAGCUCUUACCAUGAUUAUUGACUAUUCUCUAGCUUUUACCCCAACUAUUGAAUAUACUCUUAGCUGUUUGGGCUGUUCUUUGUUGUUUAAAUCCGUCUGGAGCAAUAAAACAUUCUUUAAACGUAGCUAUAUAGCGUAUAGUUUAUUAAUGCACAACUAUUACAGUUGUUCUAGAGGGAGGAAAACGUGAACCAUUUUUUUUUUUAAACUGGAACAAUUAUUGACCACACCUUAGUGACGGAUAUUUUUUUUAUCUUUGUAUUUUUUUAAACACAUUUUAUUGCCUAGGAAAAUUCAACUGAACGUCACGUCUCGCAACCAGAGGGCCAAAGCAGAGAAUGUGUUCGGAAUCAUCAAAGGAGUUGUAGAGCCAGGUCUGUUGAACAUCAAUUGAACAAUUUUGAUCGUUGAGCUUUAAUUUCCUUAGUCUUUAAGACAGGUAAAACAGGUUUGCCCAACCUUUCAGAAUGUUUUGCCAGUAAAAUAGUCAAUAACAUUACCGUAACUUUAAACACACGAACUUAAUUUUUGGAUUUCAAAAAAAUAAAUAUUUUUGUUUAAAUUCUGUGUUCCACCUGGAGCAGCUUGUUGUUGUCUCGAGUGGUACGUGUGGCCUAACAAGUUUUGAAAAUCGCUGAUGUUUAUCAUGUCUAUAAUAUUAUUGUAAUAUUUCUAAAGCUAACCCAAAGGAAAGAAUGUAAUGCCACAAUACUUGGUUUUAACAAUAUUAGUAGUAGAUCGGAUUUUCUGGUUAUCUUGACAGAUUUGUAAAAAUUGUUUAAUUUUUUAAGAUGCAGUGUUUAUUUAACCAGGAUAUGAAUAAAUGCAUUUGAUAUCACCUGAAAUACAUGCCUCUAAAGGGGCUUAAAUUGUAUUUUGUUCGGUGUUGGGGGUUAAGAAAAUAGCUACCAGCCUUCAGACAUUACUUCCCCUGUCGUUAAAUUUAGAUAUAAAUAAUAACGUCAUCUUACCCAAUAACCUCCCCCCCCCGCCCCCUCUUAGGAUUAAUCCCAAUACGCUAAAUUUCUCAAUGAUCUCACUUGAUUUACUGGACAUGUUACAUUUCCAGAUCGGUACGUCCUUAUUGGCAACCACCGAGAUGCUUGGAUCUACGGGGCAAUUGACCCGUCCAGUGGCACAGCUGUCAUAAUGGAGUUGGCCAGGGUCAUGGGAGAUCUGGUCCAAUCAGGUAACCAAAUCAAUCAAAAGUUGAAUUUAUGAACUACGUUAGGCAGCCUUUAACAAACGAUAUAUUCAAGAGGGGGGGGGGAAUAAUAAAAAAGCAUAUAUUUGUAUGCACUUAAGUGACUUUUAUGUAAGCUUCGAUUAAGUCCUUACAAGGAUGCGUGUGGCGUAUGUUCUUUCAUUUUGAAAUAAAGCACGUUUUGAUGCACUUGCGUUUCUGACUUAUGUCUUACAUUUCAAUUUUAAUUAUGUCCCUUCAAGGAUGAAUAUGUUGGAUCAGUUUUAAAAAAAACAACUAAAAAACAAUUUUCAAACAACUUCUAACAAUGUACGCUUUCUCUUUUUAAGAGCCACGAACAACGAAUUUAAAUUAAGAGAGUCGAGAAGAUUCAAUGCUUAGACUCUGUUAACAGAAGAAAAAAAAAUUAUUCUCUAUAAAAUUUUAGAAUAAAUAUCCUUUAAAAUUAUACCGGUAUAGCUCUGUGCAUAAUGGUUUGUUGUUUUUUUUUUACAUUUUCAAAGCCAAUAAAGUCUGUAUUAGGUCCAAAUUUAUUUAUUUUUAUUCGAGAUAUAUUUAUAGCAAAAAAAAGAAAGAAAAAGAAAAAGAAACCACUAAUCAGUUUGCUUGUCUGAUACAAAGGUCGGUGGAAGCCAAGACGCUCCAUAAUGUUUUGUUCCUGGGGAGCCGAAGAGUACGGACUCAUAGGAUCUACUGAAUGGGUCGAGGUCAGAAACAAUAUCAAUAAGUGUGUGUGUGUGGGGGGGGGGUGGGUGUUAAAUGCGACCUCAUAAGGUUUCAUUUUCGGCUCAGAUAUUUAUUUCCACUACCUUACUUUACCGAUUAAUAAGACGCAUUUUUUCUCUUAGAAAAAUUGCCUCCACUAUUCAGGUGAGUCUUAGACUCGAAAAUUAAUAUUAUAUUAUAUUUUUAUGAAGAUUGUGAAGAUAGUUUGAACGAUUAAUUUCAUAAUUUUAGUCUUAUGCAUGAUUGAGUAAAGUGUGUUCAUUUUAUAUUAGUAAAUGAGACAGUUGCUCAAUCUUUAUCUCAUCUCCCAUACACAGCAAUACGUGGCUACGCUACGAGAGAGGGCAGUGGCUUACAUCAAUGUAGACAUCGCAGUAGAUGGUAAAUGACAAAAUGUGUGGAAGAAUGGGGGAAAUCUGUGGGGAGAUUGGACAAAGGGGAAGAAAGAGUGAGCGAGGGGAGAGAGAGGGGGCGGGGUGAGAAAGAAAGUGAUAGAAUAAGAGUGGGAGAACAGAAUAAAGGAAAGAUGAGUCUGAUGGGGGAGAGGGAAUAUGUACGAAUGAACAGAUUUCAAUUAGAGAACUUGGGUUUAUAUGGGGUAACAUGGGGGUGACAUGAGGGUGACAUGAGGGUGACUGUAAAAUAAGAGGGGAGUGGAGAGACUCUUUAACUUAAAAGUAAAGUGGUUGAAAGUCAACCCAAAAAAGAUAUAACAGAGUGGGAAAGAAACUGCAAUUCGAGACUGUGCUAAAAUGAAAGAUUCAGAGAACGACAUUGGAGACAUGGGGCAAAAAUAAACAGUUUUUCUCUUUUGAUUUAUGAUAAAUGAAAAUUUUAAUCCAAAGUUUAUUAUGUCACUCCCCCCCCCCCAAUUGUGACCAGUUGUUCUAACAUUAUGAGAGAUUGUAUUUUUGUUUAAACCUCAGUCUGAAGGGCUUAUGGGCUUCAAAACCGUAAUUAUUUUAAUACGUAUAGAGUUGACAUAAACAGGUCGACAUAGACGGCACGACCAGGGCUGAGUCUUACAUAUUUUCAAACGAAUUUUUCUAUCAGGGUGUCCUCUGUCGGGUGGUCCUCUGUCGGGGUGUCCUCUGUCGGGGUGUCCUCUGUCGGGGUGUCCUCUGUCGGGGUGUCCUCUGUCGGGGUGUCCUCUGUCAGGGGUGUUUUUCUGUCGGGGGUGUGCUCUGCCGGGGGUGUCCUCUGUUGGGGGUGUCCUCUGUUGGGGGUGUCCUCUGUCGGGUGUUUCCUCUGUCGGUGUCUUCUGUCGGGUGUCUUCUGUCGGGUGUCUUCUAUCGGGUCUCUUCUGUCGGAUGUCCUCUGUCGAAGGGGGCGAGGGGUGUCCUCUGUCGUAGGUGUUCUCUGUCGGGGGUGUCCUCUGUCGGGGGUGUCCUCAGUCGGGUGUCCUCAGUCGGGUGUCUUCUGUCGGGUGUCUUCUGUCGGGUGUCUUCUGUCGGGUGUCUUCUGUCGGGUGUCUUCUGUCGGGUGUUCUCUGUCGGGGAGGGGGGUGGUACUCUGGCGGUUAUCAUGUCCCCAUCAACGAUCUUGUCUGAGUCAACCACUCUUCAUUUUCCACCAGGUAAUGACACGCUUAAGACAGGGGCUACACCCCUCAUGUACAACAUUGUGUACGAAGCAAGCAAAAAGGUAAGUCAUGUUUUUUUCCCCCAUGGCCUAGUCUACACGUCUCAAAUUCGUUACAUUGCUAUAUUUGAACUGCGGUCAUGGCAUAUGCAAAAGAAGUCGCGCGCAUUAUUCUUUAAUGCCUACCAGAUCCUGAUCACAAAAAGAAAUCCUCGUCUAACUGGUGCAGACGACCAGAGACAUGCACUAAUUCUAUUACGCAGAUCUGCGUUCCCCAAAUGGCAGGUCUGCGGAGAAUCGUAUCAAAAUUUUGUUUCAAGUAAGAGAUUGGCUUUGUGAUUAAAAUACCACUGCGUUGUUCGCAUUAAGAUGAGCCUUUGAACCUGGCUUUGUGUGCAGUAUUGAAUAUUUUAAAUGAGAAAGACCAAAAAAACAUUUUUUUGUUAUCCAAAUACUAAAAAAAAAGUAAGUUACAAGAUCAUGCCUUAACUGGCAAGAGCAAGUAAUUUUUUUCUGUGGGAUGCCAGAUAAGACUCAACAAAUAGACAAGGUGACUGAAUACACAUGUAAUUAAUGGAAAGCACAAUUGUCUUAUAAUGUUCGGCGCCUUUAAUGGCCUAAUCGUUAUCUACUGUUUAAUUCACCGUAGAAGUCUUGCAACCAUACAGAACUGAACACUGUGCUCAGCGAAGUUUUACAAAACUUGAAUUUGAAGAAGGUGGACGCUUUAAAAUCAAAACUUUUUGAUGCAUCACUGAUGACAUGGAGGCUCAGAGCAAACAAUUUCUACUGCAAGCAGAAGCACUUUGGUUGUUGAGAGGGAACCUGUUUAGUUUUUUUUUUUUAAAUUACCAUAAGGGAAUACAGAAUUUCUGAACAAAAAAAGACUCACACAAAGUGGUCAUGACUUUUUGUAAUGUGGAUUGGAUUAGCCAAGUUUGCCUACCAGGCAGAUAUCUUUUUCCAGAUGAAAUAAGCUCAUCAAAUCCGUGGAUAGCUAAGAAGGAUUACGCGGCAGCUGUCUUUUGCAGGAUUAAAUGAGGUCGACAUAUAGGUCAAAGGUAAGGUUUCAACAGGCUUCACAAUGGCUGACAAGAUUGGUCAUAACCGAAAUUUAGAGGCGCGGAAGGGUCUGGUGUCAGCAGAGGCAUGGAAGUGGCAGGUGUUGGUAGAGGCCUAGAAGAGUCUGGUUUCAGCAGAGGCAUGGAAGUGUUGGAUGUCAGUAGAGGCAUGAAAGAGUCGGGUGUGAGAAGAGGCAUGCAAGAGUCUGGUGUGAGAAGAGGCAUGCAAGAGUCUGGUGUGAGAAGAGGCAUGGAAGUAUCGGGUGUCAGUAGAGGCAUGAAAGAGUCCGGUGUCAGUAGAGGCAUGGAAGAGUCGGGUGUCAGAAGAGGCAUGAAAAAGUCUCGUUUCAGUAGAGGUAUGGAAGAAUCGGGUGUACAACAAAUUUUUUGAUGAGUUAAGCAACUUUGCAACAACCGAUGGAUCAAAGCGAUGGAUCCGAAAUCCAUGUUUUUCAUCAGCGACUGAUUCAAUAGUCACUUUGCAAGAUAAGUUGUUGGAUCUAGUUGCUGACGGUUGAUGAUAUUUUCACUACCAUGAAAUUACUAGCAUAUUUUUGGGUUCAUAUCUCCAAGAAAGAUCUUCUCCGUUCCCUCUUGAACGUACCUCUGUGAAACGGGCUUUUAGUCCAUGGAACAUUAUGAAGAGAUACACAGAAACAGAACGAAUAUUUGUUCCCUUUUGCACGUAGCACGAAUAAGCCAAGUUUGAUUUGUAGUCCGAAUUAAAAUUUAAUUUAGAAAUAUUUUAAAAGCAACAAAACUGCUCUUGAAUUUAUUACAUUUUAAAACGCCCUUAAUAAAAAUAAUUCUAACUGCCAGCAUAAAAUGGUAUUUGUUAGAGUCCAAACUAAUCGGCUAAUAACAGAUUAUAACUAUUUCAUAACAUAAUCAUUGUCCAAUAUAAAGACCAAUAAUCUGGCUCAUAGGUCACUGGUGCAAUGGGAAACUUGUCUACUCCUCCGUCGCACUGAAAAGUUUGGGAACCGCUAACGUAGAUAAAAACCAAUGUUUAAUUUCUUUUUUUUUAUGAAUGAUUAAUUGAUACAAUGUAUACUCAUUUACGCAUGUGGCCUUUCACCAUUAGAUAUCCAUUAUUAUGGGGAACAUUUUAAACGUAAUUUUUAAACAAAAAGAAACUGCUUAACCUACGAAAUUAAUUACAGGUGCCCAACCCUAACCCCAACGAGGUCAAGGAGGGUCGCAAGACAGUGUACGACACCUGGCUUCACGUGACGCCUGAUGACAAGGACAAGGGUAACCCCGUGCCUGUGUGAGUAGUGACGCAUACACGGUAGUGGAAGGCCCAACGCCGUAAAACGAAUUUCAGUUCUAAUUUUGGUUUUAUAUUUCAACCUGAAGUACAGAGAACCUUUGAGUGAGUUUAAGUCAAACUUAAGUCACCACUAGAGCAACAAAGAAAAAAAGGGUUUCUUGUGAGUCAAACUUAAGUCACCACUGUGAUCUUAAGUCAAACUUAAGUCACCACUAGAGCAACAAAGAAAAAAAGGGUUUCUUGUGAGUCAAACUUAAGUCACCACUGUGAUCUUAAGUCAAACUUAAGUCACCACUAGAGCAACAAAGAAAAAAAGGGUUUCUUGUGAGUCAAACUUAAGUCACCACUGUGAUCUUAAGUCAAACUUAAGUCACCACUAGAGCAACAAAGAAAAAAAGGGUUUCUCAUUGCCUGAGGGUUUUGUCUAUCCCGGGUGACUGGGUGGCCGAAUGGUCUGCACUGAGCAAACCUCAACUUGGUGGUCUUGAGUUCAAUUCCAUCCAAAGAGCAGUCAAGCAAAAACAUCUCCCCCGGGUGGAUGAGACUCGUUAACCCUGGUCGGCAACCUUGGAUGGGCCCGGACCAGAGAGGCUGACGCCGCGCAAACUCUUCCUCACUUUAAACAAAAGUCACCCGCGCAAGUCAUCAGCCACCUGACGACUCGAUGGUCAUCGUUGAUCCUCGUCGGACGAACAACAAAAUCGCGGGAAAAAGAGAGAAUACAAUUUUCCUCAUCCCUGGAUUUACCGGCAAAUCCCUUGAUAAAAUCAAUUUCAUUUAAAUUAUGCCAUGAACUGAAUUAAACUUUAAAAGAAAUUAAUUUUAAAAUUAUCUAUUGUAUCGGAAUUCCGGGAGACAAACUAUAAAUCUAUAAACAUAUUCAAUAGCACCAAGACUAAAAAAAAAGAAAGAAACGUUACGUAAGAUAAAUGAAGAUCUUACAGUAUGUAAACAUAAAUUUGAUUAUUAUUAUAAAUUGCAUUUUUGCAUAACAUAUCCAUAUAACAUAAUAUACAUUUUUCAAGAGUUUUAAGUGUUCAUUCUAACCGGAUGUGCAUUGACUGUAUUAUUGGGUCGUCCAUUAUUUACGUCAACAAUUUUAAAGCUAUUUUACCCCCCUCCCCCCUUGUUAACACCUGUGGAACUUUCAGUGACCCCCUAAGUAUUAUGUCAACAUAAAAAAAAAAUUAAUAAAAAAUAAAUGAAUUAUAAUAUAAAUAAAUAUAUAAAUACAUUUCACUUUGUGCUGAUCUAUUUUAAUGACACAUAAAAUUGUAAGAAAACAUUUGAUGACAUCUUUAGCUUGUUCAUCAACACGUUAAAAAAUGUUGCACUUAAAAUUUAUAAUGCAGAAUCAUUUGAAAGGUGUUAAAGACUAAAUAGCUUUGUUUGUGGUAUAAAUAUGAUUAUUGUCAGUAAAGCUGACCAUUAUAGCAUAGUUUCUAGCAGCUAUCAUCUUCCUAGGAAGAAGCCCGGUUUGCUAUAUUGUAGCAAUGGGCAUCAAGAACGUCAUUUGGGUAGGGCCGGUGGCAUUUGCCCCUUCCCUCGAUUUUGCUGGUUUUAUUUCAAUUGCUAUCCAAUAAUAAAAACUUAAAAAGCUGACCAAGUUUUGGUUUUGCCCCCCCCCUCUCCCUUCCCCUGAAAAAAAACCUGAAAUGACGCCCCUGAUGGGCAUAGCGUACUAUAGCUGACUUAUAAUUUUCAUCUUGCGGCACUGAUAUACCAUACCAGUCAACAUCUUCCUCAUAUAACUAUUCAGCACUUAAAAUAGAAGCAUUGUCGGUGUGAGCAAUAAUUGCCAUAAGCUCUCUCUGUCUCCAUGCAGCUACUCGCGUUGGUCCAAUCCUUUUUUGUUGAGGAGCAGGUGCUAAUUUCUUAUGCUGAAGAUGGCAUUGUCGGUGCAGUUGAACAUGCUUUUUCAACAUGACUUGUGAUGCAAAAUAGAUAAGAUUUUGCAAAUAUUUUCAAGCAGUGAUGUUAUUAUUGUUACUCCUUUUACAUUUCCUUCAUUCUCAAAAUAGCCUAUUCCUACUCUAUUAAUAUCAUUUAACGUUUGACUUCUCUUGCACUAACAAAGAAUGCUAAGACUCUAACCAGCCAUCUGCAGUGCACAGGCACACACACAAUAAAUUAAUCUUAUAUUGUUAAAAACCGAACAAUUAUAAGACUAUUUAUACUAAUAAUUUUUGUAAAAUAAUGUAAUAACCAGUCAAUUUUUAAGAUUAAAAUUUUAAUAAAGAAAAUGGACGCCCCCCCCCCCCCCCCCAUGAAUGUGUUUAUAGAUUCAGUGUUAAAAUUAAAGAUCGAAUUUUUUAAUAAUAUAUGAAUAUAAUAAUUUUAAAAUGUUGUUUUGGUUAAACUAUGCAUAUAGUUAUUUGCUGAAAAUCAAAACAUACAAUGUAUUUUUUUAACAUUUCAAUUUAUUUGAAUGUUAUAUAAAUAUAUACAAUUCCAACUUUGACUAUUCUUUACUAGUAUCUCUAUGAUAUCAACGUGAUUUGUUUCGAUAGUGGUAUAGGCUUAUCACCAUUUCGAUCUCUUCUUCUAUUAACCAGUCAUUAUAUUUAAUAAGUUUAAAUAAUCUUUAAUUAUUUUUAUAUGAAAAAUACAAUAUUACCUAUGUAUGUAACUGUAUUAGUAAGUUACACCGUCUGAAAAAAGCGUUUACUAGGCAGUUUGAAGAUAUAUCUCGCGUUUAUUUGUCUCAAUCGUAUCAACCAGAAUCGCAACUCUUGGCUCCGGCAGUGACUUCGCUCCGAUUCUUCAGAGAGCUGGCAUAACUGCCUUAGACAUGACCUACACAUUUAACAAGGUAGGAUCGCUUGCUUAUUUGUGGAUAUUAUCUGUAAAAAAAAUUAAUACAUUGCAAAAAUGAAUGCUGGUCAUGUUUCUUAAGUAACUAGCCACGAUAAAAUACAUUAGUGCUUUAAUGAAAAUACUGCAACCGAUUAGUAGUUUGUACAAAAUGUUAAUGAAAGCGGUGUUGCCUAAGUAACUAGUCACGGUAACACACAUUAUUGUUGUAAAUAUUGUACUGCAAUCACUUAGAACAUGUAAAAAGUUAGGGUAGAUUUUUGUAAAAAGUAAUGUUAUAUUUGUAGAAUUUACACAAAUAAAUAUAUAUUUGUAUAGGACCUGUACAAAGUAUCGGCGUACGCAUUGUAUCACACGGAAUAUGAAAUCUUUGACAUCGUCAAGAAGCAGUUUGACAAGGAUUUUAAGGUGAGCAAAUAGAAACCAACCCUCGACUACGAUCUAACGACCCACCGAUCUCAUUCAAUGAAGGAAAUAAGCCCCAUAAUUACUUGACAACUAUAAUCAGCCGAUUAUAUGAUAUUGCCUCUGACGUUGGAUACCCUCAUUGUACGCUAAUGGAAAGAAGAUACGAAACUGGAUAAGUUAAUUCUUCUAGUUCAAUCUUAUCAAAAAGUUAAGCUAACCUCAAUUUAACAGAGCCUGAACUAUAAAAUAGCUCUCUGAACAAGAUACAUUAAAAACAAAAGACGAAGGAAACAGUUCCUUGUGAUUAACCAGAGGCGUAGCCAGAAUUUUUGGCGCCCGGGGACCAGAUUCAGUUUAAAGCGCCUCCCUUUCUUUUUUUAACUGUCAAAGCCAUUCUUUUCCUCAAUAAAAUAUCAAAGCACAUUUUGGCGCCCUUAACUAGUCUGGAGCCCAGGGCCAUAUGUCCCCCCUGCCCACCCCUUUAGCUACGCCUCUGUUAUAAACUCAGUUAAGAUAUUUAUUAAACUGUCUUUUAUGCAAACGGUUUUCCACAAACCUUUCUCUUUAUUGAAGUAUUCAAAUUGAUGUGACAUGAUGCAAUAUGGAUCCUACAUUUGGAACUUAACAAUAAAAUGUGUUUUAGUUUCACGCUGCCAUGGCCCAGCUGAGCGGUGAGAUGGCCAGGUGGCUGGCUGACUCGCUCAUACUUCCCUUUAACAUCACCAACUAUGCCAAGGGUCUGGAGACUUUGAGGAAUGUGCUCGAUAAAGAUUACGGCCCAAAACUAAAAGCCAAUGUGGCCCAGUACGCUGACGGUAAGUAAAUGACCACCAACAUGCCCAAGUACGCUGGCGGUAAGUAAAUGACCACCAACAUGCCCCAGUACGCUGACGGUAAGUAAAUGACCACCAACAUGCCCCAGUACGCUGACGGUAAGUAAAUGACCACCAACAUGCCCCAGUACGCUGACGGUAAGUAAAUGACCACCAACGUGCCGCAGUACGCUGACGGUAAGUAAAUGACCACCAACGUGCCGCAGUACGGGAACGUUAAGUAAAUGGCAAAUAUGUACUGAAGUGGACAAAUCUGUACUGAAGUGGACAAAUCUGUACUGAAGUGGACAAAUCUGUACUGAAGUGGACAAGUCUGUACUGAAGUGGACAAAUCUAUACUGAAGUGGACAAAUCUGUACUGAAGUGGACAAAUCUGUACUGAAGUGGACAAAUCUAUACUGAAGUGGACAAAUCUGUACUGAAGUGGGCAAGUAUGUACUGAAGUGGACAGAUCUGUACUGAAGUAGACAGAUCUGUACUGAAGUGGACAAGUCUGUACUGAAGUGGACAAAUCUGUACUGAAGUGGACAAAUCUGUACUGAAGUGGACAAAUCUGUACUGAAGUGGACAAAUCUAUACUGAAGUGGACAAAUCUAUACUGAAGUGGACAAAUCUGUACUGAAGUGGACAAAUCUGUACUGAAAUGGACAAAUCUGUACUGAAGUGGACAAAUCUGUACUGAAGUGGGCAAGUAUGUACUGAAGUGGACAAAUCUGUACUGAAGUGGGCAGAACUGUACUGAAGUGGACAGAUCUGUACUGAAGUGGACAGAUCUGUACUGAAGUGGACAGAUCUGUACUGAAGUGGACAGAUCUGUACUGAAGUGGAUAGAACUGUACUGAAGUGGACAGAACUGUACUGAAGUGGACAGAACUGUACUGAAGUGGACAGGUCUGUACUGAAAUGGACAGGUCUGUACUGAAGUGGACAGGUCUGUACUGAAUUGGACAGGUCUGUACUGAAGUGGACAAAUCUGUACUGAAGUGGACAAAUCUGUACUGAAGUGGACAAAUCUGUACUGAAUUGGACAAAUAUGUACUGAAGUGGACAAUAUGUACUGAAGUGGACAAAUCUGUACUGGAGUAGGAUAAAGAUGACAUGUAAUGUUAGCGUCUUUCUUUUCAUCUUUAUUUAUUUUGAAAGAACUACUUUGUAAGUCUAGGUGUAGAAUGUAAUGUAAGAGUAUGGAGAGUAAUUGAGCAGAGUGGAGAGAUUCAUUGCCUGAAAAGUAAUAGCGUAGAGUCACGGUUUAGAGCGUUAUGAAGUGGACAGUCGUGGUUUAAAAGUUCACUUUGUCUACUUACAAUUCAUAAAAUGUGAUCAUUAUAGCUUGAAUCUACCGUCUUCUCUUAAAGGUGCACUGGAGAAAGUUAUCCAAGAAUUUUCCGCAGACGUAAAAAAGUUUGAGACCAGAAUCCAUGCAGUAGACAGAAACAAGUGAGUAGCCCAGUGUUUAUGGUCAUUUUUAUUAACUUCCGGUAUUCUACUUACUCAAAAGUAAAAAAUAAUACAAGAUUAAAAUAAAGAGAACUAAAUAAAACAAACUGUAAUCAAACAAGUUUUAAGAUACGCAUGAGAAACUUGGAGCCUAAAAAACGGGAGAGAUCUAGGUAAAAUGUACUGACGAACAAAGGAUGAAAAUGGAUGGAGGAUACGAACCAACCAGGAAUUGCAUAGUCUAUAUCAGGAUCAAGCACCAACAGCAGAACUGAAAAAAAUUGGUUGGCUGCGCUGGGUGGGACACUUACAGAGAAUGCCAAAUGAAAAGAGUGAAGCGUAAGCACCACCAAAAACCCCAGCGGAAAACGGCUCAAAGGUAGACCUAGGUUUAGAUGUAUGGAUGGUGUGGAGAACAAUCAACAGCAGCUGGGAAGCCAAGCAUGGAAAAGAAAAGCAUCGGACAACUAUGGGUGGAAGUAAGUGAUGAGGCAGGCAAAGGUCACACAUUUGCAGUAGCGCCACAGGGAUGAAUUCACGUUCCCAAAUCUUCCAAUGUUUCAUCAUUCUUUAUUCAUUGCUUAUCCCUCCUAGGCAUGUCGUUGCUACUCACUGCAAGACGUGUCAUUACUACUCACUCGUAGACAUGUCGUUGCUACUCACUCCUAAGCAUGUCGCUGCUACUCUCUCGUAGACAUGUCGUUGCUACUCACUGCUAGGCAUGUCGUUGCUAAUCAGCCUAGACCUGGCGUUGUUACUCACUCCUAUGCAUGUAGUUUCUACUCACUCCUAGACAUGUCAUUGUUAAUCACUCGCAGGCCAUAAUUUUCACUUUCUCAUUGUAUUAUCUCUAUUCUUUGAGAGCCUUACUAUUUUGCUUAUUUUCAUAGGACGCACUGCAGUAAAAAUGAAAAAUAAAUUUUAGAAAUAAACGAUUUUUAGUAAUACAAAAAUGAAACCUUUGUGUAGAAAAUGUUCUUUACUGACAUUUUUAAAAUGCAUUUCUUCAAUAAUUAUGACAUUAAUUUUUAGCUCUGAAAAUGCAGCGUUUCACAGAAAGCUGUUUGAACAAAAAAUUAGCAGGGAAAAAAAUCUAUAUGAUUCUAUUUAAUUUGUUCCAUCCAGCAGAAUUAUUUUAGGAAUAAUUUGCAAAGAUUUCUUAAAAAAUAUGCUUGAAUAUCAUGGAACAUAAGGGUUGUGUAAGUUGUGGAUAGAAGUUAAUACAAAUUAUAUUGUUAAAUCAAAUGUACUCUAUUUUAAAAUAGCACAACCUAAAUGCUAUUCAAACACUAGAUGGCGAAUGUAAAUUUACGUGUCAUGACUCUCAUUUUAAACACAUUUCUUUUUGCCUUUCAGCCCAUUUGCAAUACGUGCCAUCAACGAUCAGAUUCUACUGCUGGAACGGGCCUUUCUAAACCCCGAGGGUCUUCCUACACGGCCAUUGAAAAAGUAAGAUACAAACUCAGGAUAAAUUACAAUUAAAAAAAUCUUGAAAGUACGAUGCUCUUGUAGACUAGAAAACCGCAAAAUAUAUUUGCAAAAAAUCAGCGAAUUUAAAAGGAUGUUUAUAGGAAGAAUUGGUACAUAAUGAAACAACUUAAACUUAUUAAUGUAUUUCAAAUAAAUGUAGCCUGCCAGCUAUUUUUGGGAAGUCGAUUGUUAAGUAACGGUACUUAAAAUAGAAAAUGUAUCCAUUGUCGCUUGCAUAAAAACUUGCACUUGGUGUGAUUCCAUUGUUGUUUAUUGUAUGAUCCCGUAUUUGGAUGUUGCAUGCUUUAGUAGUUGAAUAUUGUAUACUUCCAUAGUUGCAUUUAGUUGUAUAUUUGAUGAUUCCGCCGCAGUUGUGCAUUUUAUGAUUCUGCCGUGGCUGUAGAUUGUAUGAUUCCUUCGUUGUAUAUUGUAUAAUCUCGAAGUAUAUACAAGAAUGUUACUAAAAUAUCCUUGUGGCUUCUUCACCAGACACAUGAUAUUUGCAGAGAAUGCAAACGACGCCUAUGCCGGCAGCAGCUAUCCAGGUCUCGUAGACCUACUUUUUGAGAUUGACAAAGAACCAGCGCGAUGGGAAAAAGUCAGACAGCACUUCUCAGCUAUAUUGCACACCAUCCAGUCGGCGGGUGCCUCACUUCGUGAGACCACGAGUUUCAUGUCCGAGACCUUGUAGAGUAGCAGCCUCUAAGCGAUGUCAAAGAAUGACCACGUUGAAAAUAAUUGGAGGUCUCACGGGAUCCAGGGACAUAAUUAACUAUAUUUAGUUUGUAACACACAAUGGCAUGUCGACAAGCAUAAAAAGUAAUACAACAAAAAAGUUGUGUGAUAGGAAACAUAAAAAAAAAAAAUUGAAAAAUCCAGUCUAAAUCUAUCUCUGCAUUUAUCAAAUGAAAUUAACUCCCCCCCCCUCCCUUUUCCAGAUAUAUCUGUGCUAGAAAAAAACAAAGCCUUUGUGUAUUUCAUUAAAUCCAAUGUAUUUAUUUCCAGAUUCUUUAAACAAGCUUCAAGAAAAUUAAUUUAAUUAAAUUGACUUUGGUGGCAAAUAUCUAAUUUAAAAUGUUUACGUUAUAUUUACAUAUUUUAAAAAUACACCUGAUUGAAUAGAUUUAUGUUGUAUAUUCCAUUGUGCGCUAAUUAAGACGUAAUUACUGGUAAUUUCAAUGUACUUUGUCAGAUGUGUGAUCAAUCCAACAAGACCAAAUACGGGACAACAGUUUGUGAUUAACUUUUUCUCACAACUAGUUUUAACUAUAGUAGUUUUAAAAUUUUGUUGGUCUUCAUAUAUUGGUUGUCAUUCACGUUAACAUUUGAAGAUCAAUGUGUACAUUUUAGUGUUAUGUCUUUUUUCUGUACCUUCUGUUUAUGUUUCAUAAAUUGUAAUUCCAAACCAAAGGCUCUAAGUCUGCAAUAGUAAGUGGACCCUAGAGUGUUCAAACCAAACGCUCUAAGUCUGCACCAGUAGUGGACCCUUGGGUGUUGCUCUACCAGUAGUGGACUGUUGUAUAUUUACAGUUGUUCUUAACUUCCGUGGAUUUCAAAGAAAACAUCGUGCUCAUUAACCUCAAACCAAAUUGUGGUACCGCUUACCAAGUUUUAACUCAUGGGUCACAUAGCAAUACAAAAGACGGCGCUUAUUCGUAACUCAUGGCUCACAUAGCAAUACAAAAGACGGCGCAUAUUCGUAACUCAUGGGUCACAUAGCAAUACAAAAGACGGCGCAUAUUCGUAACUCAUGGGUCACUUAGCAAUACAAAAGACGGCGCAUAUUCGUAACUCAUGGGUCACAUAGCAAUACAAAAGACGG